GUCAAGAAAAUAACUUUUGUGUCCGUUUGUCUUUAUUACUACAGACCGACUCAGAUUAAGUCUGAGGUCGGUAACAUCAACAGUGAGGACAAACCCAACCUGCCUCUCUCCUUCCACACUGAGUAGAAACCUACAGUCACUGGGUCCUGAUUGUGACAGUGGAGCCCAUUUUGCACUGCAGGAUCCAGAGAUGGCAUCAGUGAAGCUGGAAGACUGCAGUCAAACACUGGAGCUGAAUGUCAACAUUAAAGAUGAAGAAGAGGAGGAGAAGAUUGGGAAAUCUGUUUAUCAUGAUAAAGGAGACCAUGUUGAGACAUUCUCUACAUCCAGAGAGCAACAGCAGCAAGGUCACAGAGCUAAGAGGUCUCACCACUGCCCACAUUGUGAGGAGAUUUUCCCAAUUCUAUCAAAACUAAAAAUACAUCUAAAAAUGCAAAGAGGAGAGAAUCUGUAUUCCUGUACUGACUGUGAGAAGAGCUUCACAACAUCAAGGGCUCUGACAGUUCAUCAGAAAGAGCACACUGGAGAAAAGUCUUACUCCUGCACUGACUGUGGGAAAUGCUUCAAUAGAUCAUCUAAAUUAACCAUUCAUCAGAGAGUGCACACAGGAGAGAAGCCUUACUCCUGCUCCGAUUGUGGAUCGAGUUUCUCCCAAUAUGGCCACUUAAAAUCACACCAACGUAUACACACCGGAGAGAAGCCAUACUUCUGCGCUGACUGUGGGAAUAGCUUCACAACAUCGAGGGCUCUGACAAUUCAUCAGAGAGUGCACACUGGAGAGAAGCCUUAUUUCUGCUCUGAUUGUGGAAAGAGUUUCUCCCGAUUGGACACCUUAAAAAAUCACCAAUUAAUACAUAAAGGACAGAAGCCGUACUCCUGCUCUGACUGUGGGAAAUGCUUCAUUAAAUCAGCUAAAUUAACCAUUCAUCAGAGAGUGCACACUGGAGAGAAGCCUUACACCUGCUCUGACUGUGGAGAGAGUUUCUCCCGAUUGGAUGCCUUAAAAAGUCACCAACUAAUACAUAAAGGACAGAAACCUUACGUCUGCUCUGACUGUGGGAAGAGUUUCUCUCAAAUGGGCAACUUAAAAACCCACCAACGUAUACACUCAGGGGAGAAGCCAUUCUCCUGUUCUGACUGUGGGAAGGGAUUCUCAGUAUCGGGCAACCUAAAAACUCACCAACGUAUACAUAAAGGAGAGAAGCCAUUCUCCUGCUCUGAUUGUGGGAAGAGCUUCUCCAUGUCAGGCAACUUAAAAACCCACCUACGUAUCCAUAAAGGAGAGAAGCCUUACUCCUGUUCUGACUGUGGGAAAUGCUAUAAAACAUCAGCAGAGGUAAAUGUUCAUUGGAGAACACACACAGGAGAGAAGCCUUACCACUGUGACUGUGGGAAAAGUUUCUCCAGGUUGAAUACCUUAAAAACCCACCAACGUAUACACACAGGCGAAAAGCCAUUCUCCUGCUCUGUCUGUGGGAAGAGUUUCUCUGUAUCAUGCAACCUAAAAACCCACCAACGUACACACACAGGAGAGAAGCCAUUCUCCUGCUCUGACUGUGGGAAGAGUUUCUCCAUAUCGGGCAACCUAAAAACCCACCAUUGUAUACAUAAAGGAGAGAAGCCUUACUCCUGCUCUGCUCGUGGUAAAUGCUGAAGUAAACGUUCAUCGCCGAACACACAGGAGAGAAGCCUUACCACUGUGACUGUGGACAAGAGUUUCUCCAGAUUGAAUACCUUAUAAA